AUGUUGCUCUUGGUUUUUCUCAAGGCGACUGGUGCUCAUUCAUUUGAUACUGAUCGUAAAGUAAUUCUAUUUACAAUAACUGCACGAAAAUCAGAUGCUGCACAUUCUCUUCUAUUUGCUGAUAUCUCAAAAGUUUCGUAUCAUCCGCAAGAAGAAGUUUUAUUUGCAUCAGGACAAAUUUUUAAUAUUGAUGAUUUCAAAAUUAUUAUUUUCAAUGACAAUAUACUUAUCCAUUCAUUGGAAAUAAGUCUCGAUCGUGGAUUUCAAGAACGUUUCAUUUCUUGUCAUAGUCAGUUUACAAAUGUAUGGAUGACAACCAAUAAUGAUUCACUUCUUUUUUUUGGCUAA